CUUCACCAUUGGCGUUUAGAAAAGGCUAUUUAAGUAUUUACAGGAAGAGACGUUACUUGGACGGUAUGAAUAAAAAGAUGAUUUCCUCAGGAAAUUCCUGAUUGAAGGGCGUCUUUUAAACAGGUCCGCAGUGGCAGAUGUGCUGAAACACAAACCUUGGCAAAGCUCUGUAUGGGAAGAACAAAACAGCUGAAGGAGGAACGCUUUUAGGGUGUUUUUAUUCCUCCUUCAGAUCGGGAAAGGAACAAGAUCAUCUUUAAACAGCAGAGCAAUAACUAAACAUGUCAAACAGUAAAACACACAUGACAUGUCUACUAGGCGGUGAAAAGGAGAAAUGCUAAAUAUAGAUUCUUGUACAUUGUAUGUGACCGGUGAAAAACAUUGUGUGAACCAAUGACCAGUAGAUAGCAUAAAAGGAUAUUUCAAAGUGUUGAGGGCAGUUGUGCUGAUAGAAGGUUUCCCAAACUCUGCUUUUCUGGUGGGAUGAGGUUUCCGGUGAAUCAAGUGACUGACGAAGUCUGAGGCUAUAUUUGGACAGACUUCUUCCUAGAGGGAUGGCUAGCUGUGACACAGAGUCAGACAGCCUGGACAGUACCUGCUGCAGAGGGCUGUCUGUCCUGGGUAUUUCCUCAGAGAAGGGGGAGAGUAUGGGGAGUUCCAGUGUGGGGACCUCUUACCACCAGACUCCCGACAUAGAGGAGCACGCACAGGGCUACGAUGUGGAGUUCGACCCGCCCCUGGAGAGCAAGUAUGAGUGUCCCAUCUGUCUGAUGGCGUUGAGGGCGGCUGUGCAGACUCCCUGCGGACACAGAUUUUGUAAGGGCUGCAUUGAGAAAUCCCUCAGGGAUGCAGGACAGAAGUGCCCGGUGGACAAUGAGGUCCUGCUGGAGAACCAGCUGUUUCCUGAUAACUUUGCCAAGCGAGAGAUCCUGUCCCUCACGGUGUGCUGCCCCAAUGAGGGCUGCAUGCACAAGAUGGAGUUGCGCCACCUAGAGACGCAUGUGUCUCAGUGUGUCUUUGCCACUGUGGAGUGUCCGCUGUGCCACACUGCUGUGUGGAAGAGCCAGCAGGAGGAGCACAUGAAACAGGAGUGCCCACGCCGUGUGACCAGCUGCCAGAACUGUGCCUCCUGCAUCGUGUUCGAGGAGCUCCAGUACCAUGACCAGGAGUGCCCCCUAGCGAACGUGGUGUGUGACUACUGCAGUACGGAGCUCAUCCGGGAGCAGCUGCAGUAUCACUGUGAAAUGGACUGUCCUCAGGCCCCCGUCGCCUGUACCUUCAGCUCCUUCGGCUGUCCUGAGAAGAUGCAGCGAAACAAACUGGCGCAGCACAUGCAGGAUUACACGCAGAUGCACUUACGUUUGAUGGCACAGUUCCUGCUCGGUAACCGCAUGCCCGCACAUCUUCCAGAGAGUUCUGAUCUCCACUUCGCCCCGUCCCCCUCGGCCGGGCCCAUCCCCCUGCCUCUCUCCCUGUCUGGAGCCGCUGCUGCAGCCCCCUCUCUCCAGUGCCAGUGCUCUGCGGCUCUGCAGGACCAGCGUGAGACCCUGCAGCAGCUGGAGGCCCGUCUAGUCAGACAGGACCACCAGAUCCGGGAGCUGCUGGCUAUCAAGGAGACGCAGAGCACGCAGGUGGGCACUCUGAAGAGGCAGGUGCGCACGCUGGAGGAGAAGGUGAGCGAGCUGGAGGCGGAGCAGUGUAUUGGCAUCUACGUGUGGAAACUGGAGAACUUCUCCAGCUACUUGAGUAACCAGGAGGCCGAGCAGCCUGUGGUCAUCCACAGCCCUGGCUUCUACACGGGCCGGCCCGGCUACAAGCUCUGCCUUCGGCUCCACCUGCAGACUCCCAGUGCUCCACGCUGCGCCAACUACAUCUCCCUGUUUGUGCACACCAUGCAGGGCAAGUAUGACAGCCAGCUGCCCUGGCCCUUCCAGGGAACCAUCCGCCUCUCCAUCCUGGACCAGACUGAAGGUGUUGUCCAGCAGAACCACGAGGAAGUGAUGGAUACUAAGCCGGACCUCCUGGCCUUCCAGCGCCCCACCGCCCAGCGCAACCCCAAGGGCUUCGGCUACGUCACUUUCAUGCAUCUGCAGGCCCUGCGGCAGAGGGAGUACGUGCGGGACGAUGCACUGCUGGUGCGCUGCGAGGUCACCCCGCGCCUCGAUGUGAGCAGCAUUCGCAGGGAGGGGUUUCAGCCCAGGGGCACAGAGCCCCCUGUUUAACAUGGAGGUUUGGCAGGGGGUGAUACUGAGUCACUGUUGUUUCAGCAAUAUUAAAGACAAGAAACAAUAUUACACAAUGCCAGUACGGUGCUGAUUCGAUGUGAUGAAUACUCAAGGUCAAACGUUACGCAGUUGUAUCAUGGAGGUUGUGUAUCGUAAUUGGAAACAUCAAUCAUAUAAAUUAGCUUACCUAUUUCCUUUUUAAAAAUAUAUUGAUUUUCUACAUAGAUCCCUGGAUACAGCAAAGAUAGUGCUGUUUUUUUGUAAACACUGCAGGGUGUUCUUUGGGUCAAUUACAGUGCUUGUAAUUUUAAUGGUUUAAUUCGCAGUUCAGAAGCAUGCCAAAGAACUGAACUAAAUGAGUUCCAACUGCAACAUGCUAAUUAAUACGAAGAUUCGGGAAAUAAGUUUAGCCAACAUAUACAAGUGUUGGUUAAACUAAACUGCAAUUCUUUUUUAAAGUGAGCUCCACACAAACAAAUAUUAUCUGUCAUUUAAAGAUUAAGUGGAAUUCACCUAAAUAAUUUGUACUCUUGCAUGACAAUCAACACGAUUUGAACACUUUAAAAAUAAAACCCCAUUGUCCUCUGCAUAUUAGGGAUGGUAAAGCAGAGUAAAAACAAUAACAAUUGAGCACAGCAAAUGCAUUGGAAAAGAAACUGAUCAUUAACAUGCAAAAUAGCCAGUGAAAAACUUCUAAGGGUUGCAAUGUUGUAUUAAAAACAGUACAUUGAAGUACGAUAUUCUAUUGUGGCUGAUGUGAUAUGCACAUACAGAACAAAAGUGUUUGUGUGUGCAACUCAUUUAAAUGGAACAAGCACUGACAGUCUCUAAAUUCACAUAGUAAUUUACUUAAAAGGUACGCUGCAAUUGACCCAAGCACUAUAAGCAAUAACAACAUACUGCAGUGCCAUUACAUAGUGUUGCUCAGCACUUGCCAGGAGCACUGCAAAUGUUGACUUCUUAAUCCCUCUGUAACUAUUUACAUGCAAUCCAUUUUUAAUAAGCACACCUUCAUUGAAUGUUUACUGACAUUAUUUUAGUGCCCUUGUUGUAAUGAAUACAGAAUGUUAAUAUUACAUCACUAAACAGUGUCAUUUAUUGUUGGUCAGUGAGUUAUAUAAACACUGGAUAAAAUCCAGAGACAUAGAUGUGAUCUCAGGCUUCAUUCUGGAACCCUAGAACAGCAGAUUCAAUGCGAUCACUAGUUGUGUGCCUUAAUUGAAGUCCAGCCAUACAGACCCUUUGCUGACUGACAGAUGCAGUGUACACCUGUGGUACAUGGGUUUGUUUAUUUCAAUGAAAUUGCUCUGCAUGUGCACCUCAGUCCUGAUCUGAACACCCCCUGCCAUUCAGUCCAGGACACCUCUCAUUCCAAACUGGGGCAAUUCUUGAUUGUGGGCAAUAAACUAAUUUCACCUUGGUGAGAUACAAACCCAGCUCACUCCGAUGAAGUGAACAUCGUGCAGUCUGUCAUUUGUUACAUUUUCCUUCAAUGGUCAUUGUAAUUAUCAUGAUGAAUCCUCGAAAGAGACUUGAUGACGUGACAAACCUGUCCUGAGACCACCCCGUGAUCUUCAACAGUAUGGUCUCCAAUAUUUUAAAUACUAUUUUACCUACGGAUCCCUUUAUGCCAGAAAAUAGCGGCACACAGUAAAAUCUUUUUUUUCUAAA